AUGAGCGAGGCGCUCGUGACCUUCACGGACACCUACCCCGACGAGGACGAGUACAACGGCACGGAGGACUACGCCGCGGACCCCACCCUGCUGUGCGUCCUGCAGGACGUGCGGGACUUCUCCCGGCUCUUCGUGCCCGUCACCUACUCCCUCAUCUGCGUCUGCGGGCUCCUGGGCAACCUGCUGGUGGUGCUGACCUUCGCCUGCUACAAGAAGGCCAAGUCCAUGACGGACGUGUACCUGCUCAACAUGGCGCUGGCCGACAUCCUGUUCGUGCUGACCCUGCCCUUCUGGGCGGCCACGCACGCCGCCGGCCGCUGGGCCUUCAGCGGCGCCCUGUGCAAGCUGGUGCGCGGCGUGUACGCCGUCAACUUCCACUGCGGCAUGCUGCUGCUGGCCUGCAUCAGCCUGGACCGCUACGUGGCCAUCGUGCAGGCCACGCGCUCCUUCCGCCUGCGGGCCCGGCUGCGGGCGCACCGCCGCGCCAUCUGCCUGGCCGUGUGGGCGCUGUCCGUGCUGCUGUCCGCCUGGGCCUUCGUCUUCGCCCAGAAGUACCCGCUGCAGGGCCGGGAGGUGUGCGAGCCGCGCUACCCGGCGGCUGCGGAGCCGCUGCGCUGGAAGCUGUUGCCGCUGGGCCUGCAGCUGCUCUGGGGCUUCUUGGUGCCGCUGCUGGUCAUGGCCGGCUGCUACCUGCUCAUCGUGCGGGCGCUGCUGCGCGCCCAGAACUCCCGGCGGCACCGGGCCGUGCGGGUGAUCGUGGCCGUGGUGCUGGUGUUCCUGGCCUGCCAGCUGCCCCACAACGCCGUGCUGCUGGUCACGGCCGCCAACCUGGGCCGGCUGGGCCGGUCCUGCCGGGCCGAGCGGGCGCUGCGCUUCCUGGAGGCGGGCACCGAGGUGCUGGCCUUCCUGCACUGCUGCCUCAACCCCGUGCUCUACGCCUUCGUGGGCCAGCGGUUCCGCAGCCACUUCCUGCGGGCCGCCAAGGACCUGCUGUGCCUGGGGCCGCGGCGCGCGCCCGGCCUGGCCUGCGGCCGGCUGCCCUCCGAGGCCUUCCCCUCCCGGCAGACCAGCGAGACGGCCGCCGAGGACAACCCGUCCUCCUUCACCAUGUGA